GUAAUCAACGAAUCAUUUGCUGGACUAAAAAAAUGAGAAUAGCAGAGAUCUCCUCGCCGGAGCUCAGACGAAGCCACGAUCAAGAGUCCGGACCUCACUCUCACACACUUUCACAAAUCGAGUCAUCAAUUAAACAACUCGAACUGCAUUCUCCUUCCACCAUCUUACCGGAAGCUCUCUCCUCCGACCUCCGUUCUGCCCUGACUCAGCUGACACAGCUCGCGCCCUUCCCGAACUCAGUUUGUCUCAGCAUCUGGAAACUCAGCUACCGACUCUGGAAUGCCUGCGUCGAUCUCUCCAACGCCUUCGCCGCCAGCGGCAUCAAAUCCUCCGAAGAGCACGCUAAGCUCCGUCAAGUCUCCGCUGACCUCCUCUUCCUCGCAGCUGACGUCGUCGGUAUUCCUUCCCCGGCAUUCAAGUGCGCCUCCUUCUUCUACAAGACCGGUCUCGUUUGGCACGAUCUCAACAAAUUCGACCUCGCGAGUAGUUGCUUCGAAAAAGCUACGGAUCUCGUGUCCAAAGUUGAAAUUAGUUCAAUUUCAGAUUACGAUGAGCGCAAGCUUGUGUUAAAUCUAAAUCUAGCUAGGUCCCGGACUGCUUGGGAAGUUUCUGAUAGGAAUUUGUCCAUCAUGUUACUUAGUCGGUCAAAAAAUGCACUGUUUGGAAUUUCAGAGAACUACAAAGCAUUAGCAUCUCAGUAUUUGAUGUUCGGAAAAGUUAUUUUGUCGAAAAAUGAAGUUUCUGGAGUGAAUGAAGCGUUGAAAUUGAUGAAUGAAGCACUGGAGUUGUGUGAAAAGGGGUUGAGGAUUGCGAAGACAACAGAGGAGACUUUAGCACUGAAGGAUUUGAGGGCAAAAGCGCUGCGCUUCAUAGCCGCUGCUCAUUUGCAGAGGGAUGAAUUUGAUAAUGUUCUCAAGUGCGUGAGAGUUUUGAGGGAUGGUGGCGGGGACCAGCACCCAAGUUUGAGCGUGUUGGCCAUGAAGGCGUGGUUGGGAUUAGCAAGAUAUGGGGAAGCAGAGAAGGAGCUGAAAGGCAUGGUAAUAAAUAAGGGGAUUCCAGAGGGGGUUUGGGUGUCUGCAGUUGAAUCAUUCUUUCAGGCAGCUGGCACGGCUGGUGCCGAUACCGCAAAAAGCGUGUUUUUGGGGCUAUUAGGAAGGUGCCACGUCAGUGCUGGAUCAGCUUUUAGAGUGGUAAACAGGGUGGUUGGAGAUAGUGGAGGCGGCAGUGAAGGUUCAAGAGUGAGGGCAAAAGUGGCGGCAGAACUGGUGUCUGAUGAGAGGGUUGUGGCACUUUUCGCUGGAGAAGAGGCAUCUAAAGAGAGGACUGCGAUACAUGCUCUUCUUUGGAACUGUGCUGCAGAACAUUUUCGAUCCAAAGAUUUUCAGAUCAGUGCUGAGCUGUUUGAAAAGUCUAUGCUCUAUGUCCCUUAUGACUUAGGGAACAGAAUGCUCAGAGCAAAGGGCUUUAGAGUUCUCUGUCUCUGUCACUUAGGCCUUUCACAACUAGAUCAAGCUGAAGAGUACAUUACUGAAGCAGAAAAGCUUCAACCUGAUAUAGCUAGUGCCUUCCUUAAGUUUAAAAUUUACCUGCAAAGGAAGGAUCACUGUAAUGCAAUAGCUCAGGUGCAAGCGAUGACAAGCUGUCUUGACUUCAGUCCUGAUUUCCUCUCACUUUCGGCACAUGAAGCUGUUGCCUGCCAAUCUCUUCCUGUUGCAGUUGCUUCUUUGUCCCAUCUCCUAAACUUCUACUCCUUAGGAAAGCCAAUGCCAGCCAUGGAAGUUGUAGUUUUUCGGACCUUAGUAACAAUUCUUAAAGAGACUGGCCAUGCAUCUGAUAUUCUACAAUACAUUAAACGCGCUCUUGAUAGGGUAUCUGAGAUUGGAGCUGACUGCUUUUUUGGAAUAGGUGAGGUUGGAAAACGGGAAAAGAAUUGGUUUGCAGUGAAUGCGUGGAAUUUUGGGGUGCAAAUAGGGAAAGAAAAAAGUUACGGAAUAUCAGCACAGUUUUUCAGAUUGGCAUCAGAGUUCUAUAGCAUCAAAUUUGAUGCAGACAUAGAGGAUUACAACUUAAUGGUCUGUAAAUCAUUGAUAUUGUGUGCUGCAAUUAUUGCUGAUGAAAAGCAGACAAAUAGCACGCUGCUAGAAACUGAAGUUAAAGCAGCCAUUGAACUGUCAGAUAGAGCUGGAAAGAAACCAGCACAGAGUCUGACUUCAUUUUUGCACACUUGGAGUGCCUACGAUCUAUAUUCAAGGCUAAGUGACAUGGGACAAAAGCAGAUGCUUUUGAUAAAAAGCUUUGCUAGUUCUAAAUCUUGCAAUCCUUUGCAUCUUCUUCAGAUCGGUCUUGAUGCCUCACAGGGACCACGAUCCAACCCUGAAGUAGCUGGUUUUGCCCUGAAUUCUUGCCUUUCUGCUCUCCUUGCUUCCCCUUCUCCUGAUUACCAAUAUGUGGCUUUAAUUCUGAGGAAAUUAAUUUCUGUAAGCACUAUUUUUAAGGGUGAUACAGAUGAUGCAGUAAUUAGCAUAUACAAACAAGCAUACCGAAUAAUGGUGGGUUUGAAGGAAGGGGAGUAUCCCACUGAAGAGGCAAAAUGGCUUUCCAUGACAGCAUGGAACCGAGCAGCACUUCCUCUGAGGUUGGGACAGACUGAAGUGGCACAGAAGUGGAUGAAUAUUGGGUUGGAAUUGGCGAAGAAGGUUCCAGGUAUGCAAACUUAGUCCUGCAUGGAAGAUUUUGUUUCUGGCUAUGAGAAGAAAUUCCUUGAACUCGGAAAUGGUGAAAACAGGCCAAUAAUGGUGUCGUGACGUUAGAUUUUCUUUGUGGACAGUUGAUUAAUAGUAAC